AUUUGUUUCUCUAUGUAACGACGUGUCAAGAGAUACCGGAAGUGUAACAGUCGUCAGGCCAAAAAAAUGGCUUACCAGACAUUCCAGCAGGAAUAUUUACAGAUCCCCGUGGUUACAAGGACAUACACAACUGCUUGUGUGCUCACUACAGCGGCUGUUCAAUUAGAGCUUAUUACACCUUUUCAGCUGUACUUCAACCCUGAUUUGAUAUUAAAGCACUACCAGGUAUGGCGGCUCGUGACCAACUUUCUAUUCUUCGGCCCCGUUGGCUUCAACUUCUUGUUCAACAUGAUAUUUUUAUACCGCUACUGUCGAAUGCUGGAGGAGGGCUCGUUCCGAGGCAGAACCGCUGACUUUGUCUUCAUGUUCCUGUUUGGGGGCCUUCUCAUGACUAUAUUUGGUAUGUUCGUGAGUCUUGUGUUCCUAGGCCAGGCGUUCACUAUCAUGCUCGUGUAUGUGUGGAGCAGACGUAACCCCAACGUGCGCAUGAACUUCUUCGGCCUGCUCAACUUCCAAGCCCCUUUCCUGCCAUGGGUCCUCAUGGGAUUCUCCCUGCUGCUGGGCAACUCCAUCAUCGUCGACCUUUUAGGCAUUGCAGUGGGGCAUGUGUAUUUCUUCCUGGAGGAUGUAUUUCCCAACCAACCCGGUGGAGGCAGAUGGCUAAGAACCCCUUCCUUUCUUAAAAUGCUGUUUGACACACCAGAGGAAGAUCCGAACUACAACCCCCUUCCGGAGGAUCGCCCAGGGGGGUUUCCCUGGGGCGAGGGCCAGCGUCUGGGGGGUUAAACGCCAGCGCCGCCACUCCGAGCACACCUCCAUGGACUCCUACUCGUAUUCUCUUGUGCUGUAAGAAAAGACUGGGACUCAAUUCACUCAUCUUGAGUGAGGCCUGCAGUGUACGUGUGGGUACUUUUGUUCCCCCCUCCAAGCUGCUUGCAAGACCCAGAUUGACACUCGGACUGCGAGUGUGGGUUUGAGAGAGAACGGGAAGUUUCAGCGCUGUUGCUCUUGCAGUUUGUUUGUUUUUUCCGUCGUGUCGUUCAACAGUGAUCACUAAUGUGGAGCUACUGCAAAGAAAAACGCUGGAUUGACUGAAGCCAGAGCAAUUAUAAUUUUACUUUUUUUUUUUUU